CCGGCGCCGGGAGAGGAGGCCGAGGAGGAGGAGGAGAAGGAGAGAAAAGGCGGCGGCCCGGCGGGGCAGAGGGGCGAGCAGGAGGCGGGUUGCACGGGGGUGUGGGGCGCGGAGCGGCGCCGGGACAGCGGGGAGCAGCUGGGCACGGCGGCCGCGGCAGCUGGGAUUUGGGCCGCGGUUCGGCCGGGCCGGCCGAGCUGGACUGGCCAUCAUGGAGGAGGAGCUGCAGCAUCCGCACUGCGUUAAUUGUGUCAGUAGACGAUGUAUGACAAGACCGGAGCCUGGGAUUUCCUGUGACUUGAUUGGUUGUCCGUUGGUUUGUGGAGCAGUUUUCCAUGCAUGUAAGGCUGAUGAGCAUCGACUUUUAUGUCCAUUUGAACGAGUGCCUUGCUUAAAUAGUGACUUCGGAUGUCCAUUUACAAUGGCUCGAAAUAAAGUUGCUGAACAUCUAGAAAUGUGUCCUGCAAGUGUGGUGUGCUGUACUAUGGAAUGGAACCGAUGGCCAGUUAGUUAUGCAGACCGGAAAUCAUAUGAAAAUCUAAGCAGAGAUGUUGAUGAAGUGGCACAAUUAGAUAUGGCCUUGGCCCUUCAAGACCAACGGAUGCUCUUAGAAUCUCUCAAAGUAGCCACCAUGAUGUCAAAAGCAACUGAUAAAGUGUCAGAACCUAGAGAACAGAUCUCAGUUAAACCAAGUGUCUCAGAAAUACCACAUACUAAUGGUUUGGUAUCUGUUGAUGAAGAAUCUUAUGGUGCACUUUAUCAAGCUACUGUUGAAACAACCCGAAGUUUGGCUGCUGCUUUAGAUAUUCUGAAUACUGCUACAAGAGACAUUGGCAUGUUAAGUACGAGCCUUUGUGCUUCCCCAAAUGAAAUGAAUGAAGAGCAAAAUGCCAGAGAAAGCUUACAGAAUAGAAACCUGAAAGACCAGGACCAUCUUUAUGAGGAUGAGAUGGGAGCAGUAGGUGGGAUUGACCAUAAGGACACGAGUCAGAAUGCCCAGUUGGAACAAAAUGGUUCAAGUGAUUUAUUAUGUGACUUGGAUGCCAGUUCUUAUGGCACUUCUGCUCUUUGUAAUGGCUUUCCUUUGGAAGAUAUAUGUGCACAGGUCAUUGAGCAGAACCAGGAUUUAUGUACUGAUUCAAAACAAAGUAACUUAACAAAUGGAGAAUGUGUGGCAUCAGAUGGCCCUUCAGAACCUUCUAGUUCACUUUUAGUAGCAGCACAGGUUAGGGAAGUAAUACCACCUAAUGCUUUGCCUAAUGGCACAGUUCAGCAUAUCCUCAUGCCAGAUGAUGAUGAAGACUUGUGUUGGAAAAAAGUAGAUUUAGGGGACCUACGGAAUGUGGAUGUCUUAUCUUUCAGUCACCCUCCUUCAUUCAAAUUUCUUUCAAAUUCAUGUUGGUCUAAACCAAAGGAAGAUAAAGCAGUAGAUACAUCAGAUUUGGAAGUUGCAGAAGAUCCAAUGGGUCUCCAAGGAAUAGAUCUAAUCACAGCAGCAUUACUGUUUUGUCUAGGAGAUUCUCCAGGAGGAAGGGGUAUAUCUGAUAGUCGCAUGGCUGAUGUUUAUCAUGUUGACUUUGGGACUCAGACUUUUUCACUUCCAUCUGCCAUUUUAGCUACAAAUACAAUGGUUGGGGAAAUAGCUUCAGCUUCAGCUUGUGAUCAUGCCAACCCACAGCUUUCAAAUCCAAGCCCUUUUCAGACACUGGGGCUGGACUUAGUAUUGGAAUGUGUCGCUAGGUACCAGCCCAAGCAGCGUCCAAUGUUUACAUUUGUUUGUGGACAGUUAUUUAGAAGAAAAGAAUUUUCAUCACAUUUUAAGAACGUGCAUGGUGACAUUCAUGCUGGACUCAAUGGCUGGAUGGAACAGAGGUGUCCUCUAGCAUAUUAUGGUUGUACCUAUUCGCAGCGUAGAUUUUGUCCGUCAACACAAGGAGCAAAGAUUAUACAUGACCACCAUUUGCGGUCAUUUGGAGUUCAGCCAUCUGUAUCUACAGUGUUAGUAGAGCCUGCUAGAAACUGUGUGCUGGGUUUACAUAGUGACCAUCUAAGUAGUCUUCCUUUUGAAGUCCUGCAACAUAUUGCAGGGUUUCUCGACGGCUUCAGCUUAUGCCAGCUCUCAUGUGUAUCCAAGUUAAUGAGGGAUGUGUGUGGCAGUCUUCUCCAGUCUCGCGGAAUGGUCAUACUUCAGUGGGGGAAAAAGAAGUAUCCAGAAGGAAAUUCGUCAUGGCAGAUAAAAGAAAAGGUAUGGCGAUUCAGUACUGCAUUUUGUUCUGUCAAUGAAUGGAAGUUUGCUGACAUCCUGAGCAUGGCUGACCACUUGAAGAAGUGCAGUUACAAUAUUGUAGAGAAGCGGGAGGAAGCAAUCCCAUUGCCAUGUAUGUGCGUGACACGAGAACUCACUAAAGAAGGACGUUCACUUCGCUCAGUUUUAAAACCUGUACUUUAAAAAGUCAAAUUCCACUUGCACAUACAUGCAAGCUCCUAGUAUAAUUUCUUUGUAAUAUGUGACACUUUAUUAAUAUAUUAAAGAUUACAACUAGCUAAAUUUAUUGUCACUAUGUAUAUAAUGUUUUGAAGUGACAUAUAUUUUUAUAAAGUACUGAUUAGUUGGGAAAAAGUUGCCUUAAUAUUUGAAAUGUGUGAUUUUUUUGGAACUUGCUGGACAGGGUGAUUUAAUUUUUGGCUACAUAAUUUUCAGAAUUAGUAUUUUUAAUGGUGUGCAUAUUUUGGUUCUUACAUUUUUUGCUUCUUAAACUAACAAGAUCCUGACCAAACAGUUUACUCCUCAUUUUCUGUGGGUUACAACCCAUGCAUUCAAAAAGCAAAACUUUGAUUCUGAUUUUUACAUCAUAGGCUCUUCAGAUAAAACAUUCAGUUGCUUAAGCACUGCAUAAAAACAUUAUAAAAUUUUUAUUUUCUAGUGUUCCCCUUACAUAAUUGUUGAUAUGGAGAUGAUCUGUAAUGUAUACAUAAUAUUUAAAUCGUGAGUGAUGUUGAUAAUGCCAUUUAUCGUGUUUUAAAAAUAGUCUACAAAAAUGUUGUCUCCUUCUGUAUUUGCACCUCUCAUACAGAGAGUUACCAUAUACAGCUUUUUCUGGUUAGAUGCCACAUCCAAAGACUCAUGGCAGUAUGUUACGUGACAGGUUAAAGCAAAAUCAAACAAAAAAAAAGCCUUUGAAUUUAAUUUGAAAUGGUAUAUGAUAUUAUAUAUUUGCUAGGAAUUUGAUAUUUGGAGAGAAGAAGAUACAGUCAACCCUUCAUAUCUGCAUAUCCGUGGAUUCAAUUGAAGGAUGGAAAAUACUUGGAAAAAAAAAUUCCAUGAAAUUCCAAAAAACGCAACUUGAAUUUGCCACUCAUCUUCAACUAUUUACAUAGCACUUACAUUAUAUUUGGGCUUUCCUGGUGGCUCAGACAGUGAAGAAUCUGCCUGCAGUGCAGGAAACAUGGUUUGAUCCAUGGAUCGGGAAGAUCCCCUGGAGAAGGAAAUGGCCACCCACUCCAGUAUUCCUGCCUGGAGAAUUCCAUGGACAGAGGAGCCUGGCAGGCUACAGUCCUUGGGGUCACAGAGAGUCAGACAUGACUGAGUGACUAACAUUACACUACUACUACAUUACAUUUACAAUUAUUUACAUGGUGUUUACAUUGCAUUCAGUUCAGUUGCUCAGUCUUGUCUGAUUCUAUGUGACCCCAUAGACUGCAUAGCAUGCCAGGCUUCCCUGUCCAUCACCAACUCCUGGAGCUUGCUAAAACUCACGUCCAUCGAGUCGGUGAUGCCAUCCAACCAUCUCAUGCUCUGUCAUCCCCUUCUCCUGCCUUCAGUCUUUGCGUUAGGUACUAUUAAUAGUUUAGAGAUGAUAUAAAGCGUAUGGGAGGUGUGCAUGGGUUAUGUGCAGAUACUGUGCCAUUUUAUAUGAGGGAGUUGAACAUCUGUGAAUUUGGGUGCUGCAGGGAGUCCUGGAACCAGUCUUCUGCAGACACUGAAGGGCAACUGACUGCAUGCCCCACUGUAAGUUUGAGUUGGGCAUGUUCUGUGAAUAAAUUUCAGAUACACACAGUGCAAAGGGCUUAAAUUUUUUCAGAAGUGUUUAAAAUUUUUGCCUUUUGGUGUUUAUAAAAAUCACAAUUAUGUUGUUUUAAGACAUGUAAAAAUGUGACAUUUGCUGUCCUUUUAAGAUGACAAUCAUGAACUGCAGAGAAUCCUGUCUUGGUUGACAAUCUCUUUAAAAUAUUUCCAGGUUAAUAUUCCAUACACUUCUCUACCAAAAAAAUAAGAAUUGCACCUUUAUGUAAAAAUCAAAAUUUAACAGAAAUAUCUUCAAAGACCUGUUCUUGAGGUAUUUUAUUAUAGUUUUCAAAUUGAUUUAUGCUAUCAUUAACCUGGUAUGGUCAGUUAAAAAGAUGAAUAUAUCAGUAUUAAGAAAUAAAUGGCAAAGAUGGGGACAUGUACUUAAAUAAUUUAGGUAACUUCUGGCAUUUGGUAAGCCGAAAUGGUUACAAAUUACUUUGUUAUAUAUAAAAUUUCAAAACUCUGUUUUGUCUUCUCUUCCUACAUUUGUCCCUAAGAGUGUUCUAUUGUUAACUAGAUUCUUGAUUCCCAUAUAUGGCAAUCGGGCUGGGAAGAGGCAUUCUUUGGGCAUUACAAAAGAAUUCUGAAUUGCUUAAGGCCUGAUUUGGUUGGACCUUAUUACAGUUGAAAAAUACAGCAUUGAAGACUUAAUUAGUUGUUUUGCCUCACCUGUUGUUUUAAUUAGUAGAAUACUUAUUUCUCAGUGCUUAAACUAUCAUUUUGAACUGUGAGAUUUGAAUUAUAUAAACAGUCUCUUUCUGUGAAAAAGUCAGAAAGUAUCAAAUUCUGUAAAAUAUAAUUCUGCCUUUAGAAGUUUUGCUGAAGAAUCAUGUCUGGUUAGGAGAGCACAAACAUUCACUUUUUGUUUUAUGGUUGUGCUUUUUAAAAAUCCAUGUUCUUUUAAGUUUAGACUCCUUAUUUUCACACUAGAUCAUGAGAUAUUUACCAUUUUUCACCUUUUAUUUUCUUUUACACAUCUUUGGCUGUUUUCUUUUUGUUUGUUACGCCACCAUAUUAUUUUGUUAAAAUGUUUUCUUUGUGUAGUAUUUGUUCAAGUUCUAAUAAAAUUAAUAUUUUCCUUUAUAUGGCUCAGUAACUUGAAAAAACUUAUAUUUAAAUAAAAUAUUCAUCCUUGUUUGACGAAGUUGAGACACAGUCAUACUGUUUCUAUAGUGGGAUUUUCUGCAUGUUAUAGGAGUUGUUUGAUGAUUAUUAUUGCUCUCCCAUGUUUUACUGGUGAACAUUAUUACUAUUUUUAUUUAAUACAGAAAACUCAAUAGUUAGCUUUCCCUGCCCCCUUCAGUGUCUUCUUGAAAGUAGUCCCACCUGGGGCUACUGAAUGGCUGAAGAGUUUCUGGCAAUAGUAUUUUUCUAAAACUUGUAGCGGGAGCAAUCUGUCUAGCCUUUUAAGCAUGAAAAGGUUUGUGUGUUGGCCAAGUAUGCUGUCAUUUGAGAAGUCUUUAUUGAUUCCUUAGUCUUUGCUAACCAGCAAGGUAAAGGCAAGUGUUAGGAAGGAGGGAAAUAUCUGAAUUCACUUUUCUCCUCUGCCUUCUUCCCCAGAACUGCCUAUUAGCUUAAUCUCAACCUUUCUUUUUCCCUCCCUCUCUCCAUCCUUCCCUCUUUCUCUCUCUCCCUCCCUCUCUCCCCCUCUUUCUUUCUCUCUCCCUCACUCUAGCGUCUGCGAUUCACAGGUCACUUAAAAGUGAAGUGAAGUGAAGUCGCUCAGUCGUGUCCAACUCUUUGCAACCCCAUGGGCUGUAGCCUACCAGGCUCCUCCGUUCAUGGGAUUUUCCAGGCAAGGGUACUGGAGUGGUGGUUCCCAAACUGUGGUCCCUUGACUGUCAGCAUCACCUGGGAAUUUGUUCAAAAUACAGAUUUUUGGACCUCUUCACAGACUUACAGCUUCUGAAACUCUGGGGUGGGAACCAGCAAUCUUUUAACAAAGUCCUCCCCAGAGGAUUCUGAUGCAUGGUAAAGUAUGAGAAUUUAGAGGAAAGCCUGGGACAUGCCCGGUCUUCUCGUGAAUAAUACAUUGUUAGAACAGAUACAUGUGUGUAUGUACCUCCAUGUAUAAUCCAAAAUUAAGAGUAAUAGUAAUUUAUUAGUAUUACUUAAAUGAUUAAAUUUAAUGAUAUAUGUUGUCUCAGUCUUAUAGCCAUAUGACAAAUAUUAGUACAUUGGGUACCAUGAUUGCUGGACUUUUUUUUAAAAAGCUAGUGUUUACUAGUAUUUUAAAUUUACUCUUAUUACCAGUGUUUCACUGGUGUUACUUCUGGUCAAGGUAAAUUGCAGACCGUUUAUCAGCACUAAUAUUUAGCUUAUCAUCAUUCAUUCUCUUGUUUAGUGGUUGUAGACUCAUGUGAACAUAUUAGAUUUCUAGGAUAAAUGGUAGAAAUAAAAAGAUACUGGGUUAAAUUUGAAAAUAAUUCUGUAGGAAUUCUUUCAGUGCUAUCAAUAAGAGGUAUUAAAGAUUGGGUUUCUGAUU